GUCACUACAGUACAGAGCAAGGGCAAUGGCAUCGAUACCGACAGAAACACAAGAGAAGAAAGACACAGAAAAGGUGCUCCCGGGCGGCAAGAAGAUAAUCAAUGGCAUCGUUUACGACGCAGAUGGCAAGCCAUGUCGGACCUGCAACGAUAUGUCCGCCCUAUUCGCGAUGGGCAAGAAAACCAAGAAACUCGCCGCACCACCCGCGCUCCCCAAAGACUGCCCUCCCGACGUCGCCCAACUAGGCCGUUCCUCUUGGACCCUCCUACACUCUAUAACUGCAACCUAUCCCGAGUCGCCCUCACCCUCCCUACAAACCGAAACCUCCGCGUUCCUUCGCACGUUCGGCAAGCUGUACCCGUGCUGGGUGUGCGCGGAGGAUUUCCAGGACUGGAUGAAGGUUAAUACGCCGCGAGUGAGCAGUCGCAGUGAGUUCGGGCAGUGGAUGUGCGAGGCGCAUAACGCGGUGAAUCUGAAGCUGGGGAAGAAGGAGUUUGAUUGUAACAAGUGGGAGGAGCGGUGGAGAACGGGGUGGAAGGAUGGGAGGUGUGAUCCUUGAGCAUGAAGAUGAUGAGUGGUAUACAGGAGUAGAGGAAGAUAUACAAUGGUGUACGACUAUAUGUGUAUAUGAAGAGGCUUGGGAUUGUACGGUAUGCGUAGCGGCUGCGCGAACACCACUUCUGUAACAACACAACACGAUUCAAGAGCAUAGACAUUGGCAUUGGGCGGCGUUUAGAGAACCAUCA